AUGGCUGCUGCGGACGAACAGUACGGAAACAAAGGCUACGGCCAGAUAGGAUCUUAUGGCGGUAACCCCUACGACUCGCGCGACCAGAGCCCGGCUGGCUACAACAACUACGACCAGGGCGGCUAUGGCGAUGUAGAGAUGCAACCCUAUGGUGGUGGCGCAAGCGCGGACCCCAAUGCCAUCCUCAACGAAUGCCGCGAAGUCGACCGCGCUCUUGACGACCUCGAUGCACAGCUCAGCAACCUCGACCGUGUCUUCAAGCAGUCGUUGGCGCGGCCAGACAUGCCCUCGGGCGAGAUCAACAACCUCAGCUCGCAGAUCAUGACGGGGUACCGUGGCCUCGUGACCCGCGUAAAAGCAAUCAAGUCGAAGCCCGACUCUGGUCACCCAAGAAACGCUCCACAAGUCGGCAAGGUCGACCGCAGACUCAAGGCGACCAUCAACAGAUAUCAAUCCCUUGAGUCGGAUUUCCGAAGGGAGUCGCAGGCUGCUGCCGAGCGCCAAUACCGCAUUGUGCGCCCAGACGCCACCGAACAAGAGGUCCGAGACGCAGUAGCGGACCCCGAUGCGCCCAUUUUCCAGCAGGCUCUCCUUAACUCAGAUCGCCGCGGCCAAGCCUCAUCUACCCUGCGCAACGUCAAAGAGCGACACGAAGCCAUCCAGAACAUAGAACGUCAAAUGGUGGAGCUGGCCCAGCUGUUCCAGGAUCUCGACCAGAUUGUCCAGGAGCAAGAGCCGCUCGUCGCCAACAUCGAGGCCAAGGGCGAAGAAAUCCACGACAACGUACAGGCUGCCAAUGUCGAGAUUGAUGGUGCCAUAGUCAAGGCGCGCAGCCGUAACCGCAAGAAGUGGUGGUGCCUCCUUGUCAUCCUGCUCAUCAUCAUCAUCGUUGUUAUCAUUGCUGUGGUCGUCACACAAGUCAACAAGGCCGCCGCCAACACCGCCGCAUAA